UUGCUAAUCGAUUGCGACCCUAUCAGAAGACUUGCGUAGCAAGCUGCUUCGUUUGAAAUCCAACAUAUGCCUUCAUCAGAAUCACGGCGAAGAUCCUGGAAGAGCUGCAGAGCAAAAGCGAAAAGGAAGCAAAGGCCGAUGAUCUCGAUCGUGAAUACGAAAGCGACGACGAAAGUGUCUCCAGUGAGGUUCCUGAGGGUUUUCUUGAUUCCUCAGGACACGAAGAUGUGCCUAUUGAUUAUGAAUCAGAGGCUACGUAUCGAAGGACAGAACGUUGUUACUCGAUCUCAGGAGGGUAAAGUGAUAGAAUUCAUGUUCAAGAGAGGAUCGUAUAUGUGGCCCACGCCAUUUCCAAAAGGUCUGACCUUCGUUUUCGACAACCGUGGCUUGAAAACUAAAUCCAAAUUGUAUGGGUUUCCCCCGGGUGAUCCAACGCGUGAGACUCUCAAGAAGGCUCGUUUCCAUGCUCUUCACCCUGAGUCUUCACGACUGGAACUUGAACACGAUGACUACGUGAACGAUGAAACAAGGAACGACUCCAAGACGUAUCCAGUAUGGAACGAAGGAUUGGCAAAGCAUAAUCAGAAACACAUGGGUCGAUUUAUCGAUCGUAUACGCGCGAUUGUGAAAGCAGCAGGUGGUGAUUACGGCGGCGAAAAGUAAGCUGCGCUGGAAAUGCAGUUGAAAAUAGGUCAUAUGUCCCGUCGGGUCUGUGAUUUAGCUUGUUAAUCUACUGACAUCACAUCAAUCUAUUUCCAGGUCGAUGUUGAAAAAGGGUAUAAAUGUUUGCAACACCAGGUGCGAACAGAUUAAUCAGGAGUGCGUUGCUGGUCAAGCACUUGCCGUCUCACCGUGUGACAGACGCUGGCACGUCGAUUCCCACAGCCGUACACGAUCAGAAGCACCGCAAUGCCACCGCCGAUCACUAGUCGAAACCACGAUGCAUGCGAGCUGGUAGCAAUAUGUAGCAAGCUUACCCGCAUGCGCACUAGUUUCCAGCACUCCUCUCUCACUGGCUGUAAACCGCGGAAACACUCCCAAAAGAAAUCAACACUUUC